AUGUCCAAGCCACACUCCAAGACGGUCCGCGGAACGCUCGACAACCCCAAGACACAGGCAGCCAUCAAGUCAAACAAACCCAUACCGCAGCUAGGAGACCAUGUCUCCCUGAAGCCCGAGACGGACGACCCACCUACGCCAGAGAGCCAGAAAGCCACUUCGUCACUGGUCUCGAACUCAUCAUCAGACACGUCGGAAGAGGACCUCCCUCACUCCAAGAAGGUUAGGGGCACGCUGGCCAAUUCGGAUGGAAAGCAAGUCAACGAGACCCAACUGGGCGACCCGGUGAGCUUGAAAGCAGAGACGAGUAAGACUGCUCUGGGAAGACAGACGGAGAGGGAGGGCAAGGAGAAGAGUAAGCUGUAG